AUGGAUCCGUGGAGACAACAAGCUGACAAAUAUAUUCAACGGCGCGACGUUUUAAAAGCCCGUGCGAAAAAACCGGAGAUACGGCCCUUGUUACAGCAGGCUUUCGUGGAAAGGAUGAAAUCUAAUAAUCCUUUUUCACAAGAGGUGAGUUUCAUUCUCAUGACGCUCCUGUACAGCGGAGACAAAAAUCCACAUAUUAUGCUGGCUGACAUGCUACUCAACAUGUCCGCUAAGGAGCGUUUUCCUACGCACAAUUGGUGGGUAUAUAGGAAUGCAAAUGAAAUUUUACAGGAUUCCAUGUCAAAAGCCCUUGCCUCUGACAACCUUAUAUUCCCUCUCUUUCCAGGCAGACAAAUGGACACCCAGAACCGUUGCCUGAUUGAGGAUGCUAUGGGUGCAAAACGACUGGCGGAUAUGGGGGCGACAAACAUGGAAGCACUACAGUUCCUUUACCCGAAAAGCCGUGCCUUGUUCGCCCAGUCUCCUCCUGCAACUAACGUCCUCAGCGGAGGUGAGCCUUUCAUACCAGUACUCGAUGGUAACAAUAAUCAAGCCGGAUACUGGGACGGAGCACCGGUCAAGGAGAGAUUUGACCAAUUGCAAAAAGAGAUACAAAGUCUCCGAUCCGCGAUGCAAAGAUUUUCUUCUGCUAACAAUGGAAGUGGCACCUACGCUGGAAAGGCCAACGGAAGCAACCGCCGCGGUCGUGGUGCUGGAAAUGCCCAGCGCGGUGGGCGCCGUAGUGGGCGCGGGGGAGGUUACAACUACCAACAAAUGUACGGUGGUGACGCUUCCGACGACGGCGAAAAUAUGCACACAACAAACGAGACAAUUGUACAGGCAAAAAACGGAUUCGGUGCUCGUCACCCAAUGGCGUGGUAUUGA